AAAGAAAGAAAGAAAAGAAAAAAGUAAAGCAAUUUCUUCUGCGAGCCCAAGACGGGCGAGCCGCUCUGAGAUCUCUUCGAGAUACCCCAGGGGAGGAGGAGAUGGGCUGGAUUUAGUAGGACAACUCAAUUACUAAUGACUCCGAGGCUGGCUGCGACCCGCCGGGAAAUCAGGUUUGCCUGUAGGUACCUGAGCUGACACCGAAGGUGCCUAAAGAUGCUGAGCGGCGUUUGGUUCCUCAGUGUGUUAACAGUGGCUGGGAUUUUACAGACGGAGAGUCGCAAAACUGCCAAAGACAUUUGCAAGAUCCGUUGCCUGUGCGAAGAGAAGGAAAACGUACUGAAUAUUAACUGUGAAAACAAAGGAUUUACAACUGUCAGCCUGCUUCAGCCCCCCCAAUAUCGAAUCUAUCAGCUUUUUCUCAAUGGGAACCUCCUGACAAGACUGUACCCAAACGAAUUUGUCAAUUACUCCAAUGCGGUGACCCUUCACCUAGGUAACAACGGACUGCAGGAGAUUCGAACUGGGGCGUUCAGUGGCCUGAAAACCCUCAAGAGACUGCACCUCAAUAACAACAAGUUGGAGGUACUGCGGGAGGACACUUUCCUGGGCCUGGAGAGCCUGGAGUACCUCCAAGCUGACUACAAUUACAUCAGUGCCAUUGAGGCAGGGACAUUCAGCAGACUUAAUAAGCUCAAAGUACUCAUCUUGAAUGACAACCUUCUGCUGUCGCUGCCCAGCAAUGUGUUUCGAUUUGUCCUGCUGACCCACUUAGACCUGAGGGGGAACCGACUGAAGGUGAUGCCUUUUGCAGGCGUCCUUGAACACAUCGGAGGGAUCAUGGAGAUCCAGCUGGAGGAAAACCCCUGGAAUUGCACUUGUGACCUACUUGCUCUCAAGGCUUGGCUGGACACCAUAACCGUUUUUGUGGGGGAGAUUGUCUGCGAAACUCCCUUCCGGUUGCAUGGGAAAGAUGUGACCCAACUGACCAGGCAAGACCUCUGUCCCAGAAAAAGCGCUGGUGAUUCCAGUCAAAGGGGCAGCCAUGGUGACACACAUGUCCAAAGGCUGUCACCUACAAUGAAUCCUGCUCUCAACCCAACCAGGGCUCCGAAAGCCAGCCGGCCACCCAAAAUGAGGAAUCGUCCAACCCCCCGAGUGACUGUGUCAAAGGACAGGCAGAGCUUUGGCCCGAUCAUGGUGUACCAGACCAAGUCCCCUGUGCCCCUCACCUGCCCCAGUAGCUGUGUCUGCACCUCUCAGAGCUCCGACAAUGGUCUCAACGUUAACUGCCAAGAAAGAAAGUUCACUAAUAUCUCCGACCUGCAGCCCAAACCUACCAGUCCAAAGAAACUCUAUCUAACAGGGAACUAUCUUGAAACUGUCUAUAAGAAUGACCUUUUAGACUACAGUUCUUUGGAUUUGUUGCACCUAGGAAACAACAGGAUCGCAGUCAUUCAGGAAGGUGCCUUCACAAACCUGACCAGUUUACGCAGACUUUAUCUGAAUGGCAAUUACCUUGAAGUGCUGUAUCCUUCUAUGUUUGACGGGCUGCAGAGCUUGCAGUAUCUCUACUUAGAGUAUAAUGUCAUUAAGGAAAUCAAGCCGCUGACCUUUGAUGCUUUGAUUAACCUCCAGCUCCUGUUUCUGAAUAACAACCUGUUGCGGUCCUUGCCCGAUAAUAUCUUUGGGGGCACAGCCCUCACCAGGCUAAAUCUGAGAAACAACCAUUUUUCACACCUGCCUGUGAAAGGGGUCCUGGAUCAGCUUCCGUCUUAUAUCCAGAUCGAUCUGCAGGAGAACCCAUGGGACUGCACCUGUGAUAUCAUGGGUCUGAAGGACUGGACAGAGCAUGCCAACUCCCCUGUCAUCAUCAAUGAGGUGACUUGUGAGUCUCCCGCUCAGCAUGCAGGGGAGAUACUGAAAUUCCUGGGCAGGGAGGCCAUUUGUCCAGACAGUCCGAAUUUGUCAGACGGGACCCUUUUGUCAAUGAAUCACAACACGGACACUCCUAGGUCACUCGGCGUGUCUCCCAGUUCCUAUCCUGAACUGCAUACGGAAGUUCCACUGUCUGUCUUAAUUUUAGGAUUGCUUGUUGUUUUUAUCCUGUCAGUCUGUUUUGGGGCUGGUUUGUUUGUCUUUGUCCUGAAACGCCGAAAGGGAGUGCGAAAUGUUCCCCGGAGUGCCAACAACCUAGACGUAAAUUCCUUCCAGUUACAGUAUGGGUCUUACAACACGGAGACUCAUGAUAAAACCGAUGGCCAUGUCUAUAACUAUAUCCCUCCACCUGUGGGUCAAAUGUGCCAAAACCCCAUCUACAUGCAGAAGGAAGGUGACCAAGUAGCCUAUUACCGAAACCUGCAAGAAUUCAACUAUGGCAACCUGGAGGAGAAAAAGGAAGAGCCAGCCACACUAGCUUACACAAUAAGUACCACCGAGUUGCUGGAAAAGCAGGCCACAUCAAGAGGGUCUGAGCUGCUGUAUCAAAAUAUUGCUGAGCGUGCCAAGGAACUCCCCAGUGCAGGCCUCGUCCACUAUAACUUUUGUACCUUACCUAAAAGGCAGUUCGCCCCUUCAUAUGAAUCUCGACGCCAAAACCAAGACAGAAUCAAUAAAACCGUUUUAUAUGGAACCCCCAGGAAAUGCUUUGUGGGGCAGUCAAAGCCCGACCACCCUUUACUGCAAGCUAAGCGGCAAUCAGAACCAGACUACCUCGAAGUUCUGGAAAAGCAAACUGCAAUCAGUCAGCUGUGAAGGGAAGUCAUUUGCAACCCUAAGGCAUCAAAGGAUGCUGCUCCAAACUGUUGGAAGCACUGCAUUUGCUUUUGUGUUUGUUUGUGUUCUCCCCUUCAAGGUGGUAAUGGGGGGACUUUGAAAAUGUGUGGGAGAUGGGGUGAAGCAGCAGUAUUGCUGUUGCAAGUUUUUCCUUUAAAUUAUUUCUCUUUCACUCUCCCCUCACUAUUUUUUUCCUUCUCUUCUUAGGAACCAUCAGUGAACACGAAUGUUUCUACAGUGCAUUUUUUCAUGUAUUUUGUUUGUGAUUUUGUUUCUGAUUUCUUCUUUCUUUUUUCCAGUGUGGGAGUAGAAAGAGGACAUUAUAGUGAAUGAAGGAAGAAUAGGCAAACUGUUCCAAUGAAAAUGGAUGAUUAGUGUAUUUUGUAGAAGAUCUCCAAAGAUCUUUUGGGACUGCAACUUCUUUUGUAAAUAACAAUACAUGGUAUUUUCAUCUUCAGUUAUGAAGUACAGCCACCAGGCAUCGCUUCUUUGUGUUAAAGUGCCUUCGCACUUUAAGUACAUUACUUAAAUGUUGCUUUUAGCUUUGAUAAAUUGAACAUAUUUUAAUGUGUUGUAUUUUUCAAAAUGAAAACACUAUAAAAUAGAUCUAUAUGUCAGCUAUAUUCAGUCAAGGUACAGUUUGCUUGAUUUAUGGAAACUAGCCUGUCAUUAAAUGAUUCUAGUUUAGGACUUUAUAGACUUAACGGUAAAAUAUGUCCUUUCCUCUGGGUUUGUUUUAAGUGAUUUUAUUUAAGUCAACUAAAGGGAUUUAACAGUGGACUAGAGGUAGUAAACUGCCUCAGAUGGGAUUAGUAAUUCAUUAAUAAAAUAUAUUUAACCCAAUAUAAGAGUAGAUCAAACAAUUAAUGCCCUCCCGUAAAUUAUUAUGUUACACUAACAUGAUCAGUGUUUUAGAUUAUUUUCCUAAUUAAGAAUACAUUACCCAACUUGUAAUAUAUUUUUUCUGCAUUAAAUUAGAUAUUUUUGUAUAUUUAAAAGAAAGAGUCUGUAUUUCUAACUUUUUAAUUGAAAUUAAUAUUUUUUCUGCCUAUUGAAACAUUUUCUAUAAACACACACCAGUAGAGGCCGCCACACACCUCAUUUAAUAAAGACACAGGAGCCAUGAAAUACCUUGAAGGAAGACUUCAAAGGUGAGAUUAAAACUUCCCAAAUAAAUUCUUUGCUAAUUCAAGACAUCAGAGAUACAAAUGUAUGCAUUACUUUCUAUUCCUUUUAAGGUCAAAGGUUAGACUCAGAAUUCUCCUCCAUUUUCACAUGUUCUGACAAAGCAGCAUUUUCCCUUGAGUUUAAUUGAAGCAUUAAUGGGGUGAUAUCAAUUCGUGUACUAUUUGCAUCUCCAAAUCUCUUAAUAGUUACCUAAACCACGACAGUAAUCGUGUUUUUCCUUUCUGCCUUCUUUAGGUAUGUUUGACUUGAAAAUGUCCUGUCAGCUUGAGCAAGCCUUUCAUUUUGGUCUUCGCAUUAAAUUGAGUUUAACUAACCAAGUCUCUAUAACAUUUACAAAGCCUUAUUAGCCUGUAAAUAAUUUUUAGAUGCAAACAUUAUUGUGUGAUUUAAACAAACAGCCCUUCUUUACAACAAAAAAUAGUUUUGUUUUUUGUCUAUUGUAAAUCCUUAUGCAACUGAGAUGGUGAUCUGCAUAUAAAGUAGUCCAGCUUUUCAAUUCCUUAUUAAAGCAAGUGAUGGCGUCUGAAAGAAGCACACUGUUUCCUUUUCAUAAAUAGGUUACUGCACAUAAUAAUCCUUUAUUAUCAUGUGGAGAUUGAAGUGGAUCCUGAUAACUUAUUUUUAAAGCUUUAAAAUGAGUAAUCGUAUAUUGUCUGUCACUAUUAACCAUUCAUGUGAUGGGCUUUCAAUUAGAAAUUACUGAAAUCCAAAUUAUUUGGAUCAAUAAUGAAUGGUGCAAAAUAGUUUUUGAACAAUAGAAGAGAACUGUGUACAUAUGUAAAUGUAAAGGGCACUGAGAAAAAAAAAUGCCUUUACCAGUCUAAAAUCUCUUGAGUAUCUAUAAGAGCAAGCUAAUAUGUUCAAUCUUUGAUUAGAGAUCAUAAUUACUGUUUAAAUCCAUUAGAUCAAAAUUGAAAAUGGUGGGCUGAAAUGAUCUACAGGAAAGUUAACAUACAGAAAUUUUUCUUUUCAUAGAAGAGGCGCUAGGGUGUUGCACUACUUGAGUUUGGAGAUUACUCCUGGGGUCGGCCUCAUCAUUGAGUGAAGUAUUUAUACAGAAAAGAGUUUCCAAAAUUUUCUUGUGGCUGCCCUCACUAGGUGCAAUAAUAAAUACCGAAUACAGAGGUAGAUAUUUUAGGAAGUUUUUAUGAAGGCGAAUUAACAUAUAUUCCAUUAAGAUAGAUUUUAGGCUUAAAACAUAUUAUGAAAGCUAUCAAUGUAUUGAUUCCACUUCAGUAUUUAUUCUUAUUCUCAUGAAAAUAAAGCCACCCCUAUAAAAUGCCAGUGCCCACAACAAAAUCAUUCAUUAAUCUUUUAAUUCUUUUGUUAUUAUGCUUCAAUUCUCUAUUCUCCUGCUUUUCUAGAGUCAUACUUCAUUUGUAUUAGGUUUUAAGGUGAAAUUGUUUGCAUGUAGCCCAGACUAAUUCAUUUAAAAGCAUAAUGAACCAUUAUACUUAGAGGCUUUACUUUCUAAUGCAGUCAUGAAUACUUUCAGUUUUAUUAAUUUAUUAGCAUCCUUAUGGACUAUAUUCUAUUUUGUUUUACAUGCCCAAGCAUUUUCAAACAUAUUUUGUUUUAGUGUUUUUAUUUUUAUCUCCUCCAGAUGGAUUUUAUUUCUUUUCCUUCACAUGCAGCUUGUAAUGGGUGUGAGCUGCAGCACUGUGAAAAGAUUCUGGCCAACAGAAUGCCAUUCCCAGGGUUCUGCCUGGGACAGACCUAGCUAUGUGGCCCUACAAAUGGCAAAUGGUAAUUCCCUUUGAGUCUAGCUCUUAAUUAGUUGCUUUCACUGCUUCUGUGUAUACCUGUAGCUAAAUUUGUAUUGAGAACCACUUCUCUGACUCGACACCUUGCCAAGAGUCUAAUUUGGUUCUGUAUUUUAGUCAACCUGUGUGCCUUGUUUCCUCCCGCAUUUGGUGAGUAAGGAAAUGACACUUUAGGCUCCUCUUUUUUUGUCCUCUCACCUCUAUGGUGACUUAAUUUUUUAAAAUGAUUCCAUGUCAUCAAGGGCUCAAUAUUUUAAGGAUUUUACAAAAAGUAAGUAAUGGACGAGAGAGAGGUUUUAUAAUUUUUCAGAUCCUGAAAAUUCAUUUUCAAAUGAAUACUGGAUUGGAUUCAUUUUCAAACAUACUGGACUGGAUGUUAGAGUGCAGAAAGUCUUUCAGCCAAUCCUACUAAUCCAUUCAUUUCUUCAUUCAGUGAAUAUUUCUUGAGUGCUUGCUUCCUAGGUGCCAGGCUCUGCCCUGUGUUGAGGGAGCAGAGAGACAGUGGACAGGAUCUCUGCUGCCCUCACUCUGCCCUCUUUACUCCCCACCCCAAAUAAUAGCCUCUUUCCACCUGGCAAGUAGCUUAGUGCAAAUAAAGGAAAACUUUACCUGAAGGACAAUCACUCAGAGAAAACCGUGGGAACAGUCAUGCAAUGCAGGAGGUUGAGUUUUUUUUAAAUGUUUCUGUGCAUCAAGGUAUAAAACUGAUAUAAAUAGGGCCAGGGAUUUAGCUCAGUGGUUCUGCCGCCUGCUUCGCAAGCGCAAGGUCCCAAGUUAGAUCCCCGGUACCAAAAAGAACAAAAAACAAAACUGAUAUAAAUAGACUGGCAACAGCGAUGGAAACACUACUAUCUGCUUGGAAUUACAUAACUAAAAAGGAAAAAGUGCCACCAAAAUAAAACAAACCCACCACAAAGGUGGGCUAAUCUUAGGGCCUGUAGAUAGCUUUAGAUGUAUUUGUCUACAGAUCUACUUUGCAAAGGUGACUGGCAAGAUUGUAAAUAUGGCAUCACAGAUGUACUUACAUUUUCUGGGAUAUUCGUGUUUUACAGGCAAUAUUUACUGUCUAUCUCAGUGGCUUAAAAAGUAAUAUUUUGGCUUAAGUGUCUCUUCCAAAAACAAUGACAGGACACUUAAUUGGGAGAGAAAAUUAAGUACUGUAUAUAUGCGUACUUUGCUUCUCACAAGGUUGUGCAUAAAGUCACACGUAAAUUGCAGUUUUGUAAAUCAAGUUGCAUUUUAAAUUCAUCAAGGGAGUUGCCAAUUAGAGGAAACUUGUAAAUCUUUUUAUAAAGCAGAAAUGCAUUUUAUAAUACAAAUAAUCAUUCUCUAAUUUAUCUGUUUUGUAUGUUUGGAUUUUCGAUAUUGACUUUGCUUAAAACAGAGCCCACGUGCAUAAUGAGAGUGUUUUGCCAAUGCUGCUUGUGCUGCCAGUGUCUUGGUCACUAACGGCUUAUACUGGAAAGUCUGCUGCAGUUUUGUGUGAAUCGAGCCAUCGAGCAACUCCAGGAUGGCACACUAGCAUUCCUGAACAGGCCGAGUAGCCAGCCCAUUUCAGCUGAGUUGAACACAGGACUCCUGCUCAACAGCAUCUCCUCUCCCAGAUACAACCACGUUUUCUUAGAGGGUAGAGUGACUCCUGUAUUCACACUAUUAAGUGCUUAGAGUCACAGGUUUUGUAAUAAAUAUAUGUCAUUCUGUAAACAUAUUGAAUUGCAUGUGUGUUGGAAUUUUUUAGCAGUAUUUUAGCUUGAAAGUACAUGUUCAAAUACUGUUAGAUUUAGUUGCAAAUGAUUGUUCUCAAGUUAUUGGAAUAAACAGCAAAUCAAACAAGCUCUCAUGUAAAUAGACUUGUGUGCCAAAUAGUCAUAUUGGUUAAGAAAAUAAAUGUCAUAUUUUGGGCUGUUAAUAGACAAAAUGAAAUAUUGAAAAUGUGAUCAAAUGAUAUUGUAUUUUAUUGGAUAAACAGUUAUUUUAUGUUGUAGUUUUCAGUUAAAUAAACAUUCACUAAAAAUGAA